GUGAAAAGCCCUUCAAGUGUUCAGUGUGUGAUGCAGCUUUCAAUCGGAAGGACAAACUCAAGCGACAUAUGCUGAUCCAUGAGCCUUUUAAGAAAUAUAAAUGUCCCUUCUCAAGCCACACAGGCUGCAAUAAAGAGUUCAACAGGCCUGACAAGCUGAAGGCUCACAUCCUGUCCCAUUCGGGAAUGAAGAUCCACAAGUGCCAGUACUGUAACAAGUCCUUCAGCCGACGAGCCCACAUGAUAGAGCAUCAGCGUUCGCACACCGGCAACUACAAAUACCGCUGCCCCACCUGCAGCAAAGGCUUCACCCGCCACAAGUACAUGAAGGACCACAAGUGCCGGCUGGGCUCACCCAAGGACAAAGACCUGCAGUUCAGGAAGCCCCAGAAGAAGAGGGUGGCACGGGGACGCAAGGCAGGCCUUUCCCUCCCCAACCAGCUGGGGCUGGCAGAGCUGAAGGACGGUGCUGCUGGGGAAAACCCCCCUGAAGGUGGUGGUGGCCCUAACAAAGAACCAUUCCAGGAGUCAGACGCAGUCCUGUCCAUCGUGGUUGGUGGGUCAGGAGCUGCUGACUCGGACCUUGUUGUUCCUGGGCAGCCCAACAGUAUUGCAUCCAACCUGUCCCUGGCAGAACUGCAGACUGCCUCGGACGGCCCCUGCGCCAUGCUGGCUGUCCCCGUUUACAUCCAGACGACGGAGUGACAAUGUGUAGAGCCACUGUGUGGCUGAGGGCUCCUGCUGGGGCUGUCAGACUUGGUGCUGAAAUUUAUCCCAGUGAAAAAGACCAAAGCUCUUGUGGGGAGGUAGAUGGAUAUGGGAGAGAAUGGCUUUCAUCUCCUCUUUUUCUUCCCAUCCUUGGGCAGAGGACUGCUUGGAAGCCACCAACGGCUACAAGGCACUGAAGAGAAUGGCUCUGUUAUUUCUUGUCCCUCUGCAUCACUGGUCAGCCUAGGGCAAGAAAGACUUAAGAUCCCUGAAUCAGGGUAAGAAGGAGCGUGCAAACUUGCAACAAACAGAGCUGCUGAAAUCAGGUGGCUUUGCAAAUCACAGCCCGUCCCAUCUGUGGUUUUUCUGGCCUAAAAGCUGUAUUGCCCAGUAUUUGGGUGGCCUUUCUGAGAGCAAACAAUUGAUCCUUCCUAGUGGAAGAAAGUUCAUCCUGAGAUCCUUUGGGAACACUGUUCAGAAAUACCCUGAUAGACUUAUCUCUGGUAUCUUUCUCCUCUCUGUCUCUAUCAGUAGAAAGAUCACCUUGUCUGUACUACAUGUGUUAUAAACACCAUGGGCCUC